AUGGCCAAACCCCACCACGACCAGCAAAACCCCGCUUCAGGCACACAUGCAAGCAGAAGCACCAGCGCCAGCAGCACCACUGCUAGGAACCCGCUGCGGCGCGCUGUGGAAGCCCUGCCCCCACCAAUUUUCGCUCUCCCCUUCAUUGCCUUCGUUUUGGCUGCCAUUGCUAUUUACUUUCUCUCCUCUCGUCACGAUCCCGCUCCAAACUCUGUCCAUUCAACCCCUCUAGACCUCUUAUCUAUUCCAGCUUCGACGUACUCAGAACCUAAAGGCACAAUGUCUUCCACCGAGCAGACCUUCAUUGCUAUCAAGCCCGAUGGCGUCCAGCGUGGUCUCGUUGGCCCCAUCAUCUCCCGUUUCGAGAACCGCGGCUUCAAGCUUGCCGCCAUCAAGCUCGUCACUCCUUCCAAGGAGCACCUUGAGGCUCACUACGCCGACCUGAAGGGCAAGCCUUUCUUCGAUGGUCUCAUCAAGUACAUGCUUUCUGGUCCCAUCUGCGCCAUGGUCUGGGAGGGCCGUGAUGCCGUCAAGACUGGCCGCAGUAAGCAACCGCCCAUGACGUUUUUUUCCCGCAUAUCACUAACAAACUCAGCCAUCCUCGGUGCCACCAACCCCCUGGCCUCCGCCCCCGGCACCAUCCGUGGUGACUACGCCAUUGACGUCGGCCGCAACGUCUGCCACGGCUCCGACUCCGUCGAGAACGCCAAGAAGGAGAUUGCUCUCUGGUUCAAGGAGGGUGAUGUUGUCAGCUACAAGCAGUCCCAGUUCGACUGGAUCUAUGAGAAGGCUUAA